AGAGCGGUCUUCGAGAGAAUUUCAGACCAGAAAUGUACAGUGCAUGUGAACGUUGAACAAUGUCACCACCUGGUAAUUCUAGUAUACAAUUUUGAGAUGUAUGGUUUUAAGAAUCUGUCAGCUAAGGCGUAUGCUAAGAUCCACGGGUAAGUGCGGUGCAUGAGGUAAACAUGCCCAUUGCUGAAAUGUCGCGUAGUGUCGGAAUACUUCGUUCUCUGUAUCCGAACGUUCAGACCUUGGAGGAGUUUAGCAACAGCAUCGUUUUCAGAGAAGGACAUGAAGCGCACCUUGUCGAACCACCCGAAACAACCAGAUUCUUGUCGUUUGUCCGGGGAGUGUAUGUAUGUACAGAUAAAACAUUGCAUUACGUCCCAAGCCGCAACCAGAUCUGCACUCUGCCUGAGUUGUUAGCAUUCAUUCUCAACAGCUUCAAGCGCAAGAAGAAAAGAAACGUCCUUGCACAUGGGUACGGUUACCCCCUAGCUCAAGAGGAGCGUGACGCAGACCAGUUUAAAUUCCAGGGAGAUGUCACUCAGAGUGCAGCUUACAUCCAUGGCAGUGAUCUGUGGAAAAAAGUGUCCCAGCGACUGGGUACGGAUGUCACGCGCUACUUGUUGGAGUCCUGCUCCGUGUUUGUGACGGUGCCCCCAACCUGUCUUUUCCAGGUGUGUGGAACACCCGUUUACGAGCGAGUCUCCAUGACGACUGGCUCUGGGUUUAACCUUCAAAACAGGUCUAGACGGAAUGCCACUGGGAACAUAGUCACGUUGACAAUCCCCUGGAACAGGAGAGAGAGAUAUCUUAAGUAUUCUAAGAGCAGGAGGAGGCGGGAAAAUGCAGAAAGUGGUGGAGAAAUCAUAAAAAAGAAGAGAGAGAGGGAAAUGGAGGAGAAGCAAAGAGAGUUGCGAGGGAAGAGGAGGCGUAUAGAACAGGAAGGUGUCACGCAGAGUUCAGGGACUGUGGAGGGGUCAAAUCAGGGUUGCUGUGGAACUAGUGACCAGCUGAAGUCAGUAGACUUGGCUGUGUGCCCUAGACCAGUGGAGGAUGUUGCUAGAACAAAACAUCCAGUCAAACUACACACCUUGCCCUCAGAGGCUGGUGCCAGUUGGAGAACAGGGCUGUUCCCCCCUGUGCCCCCAGCGCAGUGUUUUUUCCGCACCUUGGGCAUGCUCUAUGGGGGGCGGGGCAUGCGCAGCUUCCUCCUAAACAGGAAAAGGAAGGGUGAAUGGGAUGAGCAGAGGAGACUGCAAGGGCGGGACUUGGUUAGAAUAAUCUUCUUUGAGGGCGUGGUAUAUCUCAAAGGGGUGGAGAGGAAACCAAAAAAACUGCCCAAGAGGUUUUUCAACAUGGUACCCUUUUUCAGCCAGCUGUUACGCAGACACAGGAGUUGUGCAUACACCAGGAUACUGCAGAAGUUAUGCCCAGGGGUGGUGAAGGGAGUUGGGGAAGGACAGGGGGAACUGACAGCUCUCCUGCCCCAACACAGUGCACCUCACCGGGUGUACCUGUUCAUCAAGGAGUGCCUCGCCACUGUGGUCCCAUGGGAGCUGUGGGGAUCAGACCACAACAGGCUCAACUUCCUGUUCAGAGUGCGGGAAUUCCUGCGCAUGGGCAAGCAUGAGCGCCUCUCAUUGGCUGAGCUCCUUUGGAAGAUGAAGGUGAAUGACUGUGAUUGGAUAAAGCUCAGUAAGACAGGUCACUGCCCGCCCAGUGAGCUUGCAUAUCGGACACGGGUGCUAGGACAGUUCCUGGCCUGGCUGUUGGACGGCUAUGUGCUGGGUCUGGUCAGGGCCUGCUUCUAUGUCACAGAGAGUAUGGGACACAAGAAUGCUCUGAGGUUUUACAGACAGGAGGUCUGGGCCAGGCUCCAGGAGCUGGCUUUCAGGACUCAUCAGUGUAAGGGUCAGAUGGAGGAGUUGACCCCUGCACAGGUGGCGUCCCUCCACAGGACCACUGUCACCUCUCGGCUUCGCUUCAUCCCCAAGACUGAGGGCAUGAGGCCCAUCACGCGUGUCCUAGGAGCUGACCCCAAAACAAGGAGGUUCCAGGCAUCAGUGCGGGAUCUACUGGACGUUCUGCGUGUGUGUGUGCGCACCACACCUGCUCUCCUGGGUUCAACAGUGUGGGGGAUGACAGACAUCCACAGGGUCCUAGGUUCCCUUGCCCCAGCUCAGAAGAACAAGCCCCAAUCCCUCUACUUCGUCAAGGUGGAUGUGAGUGGGGCCUACGACAGUUUGCCCCACUCCAAACUCUUGGAGGUGAUUCGUCAGGUUCUGUCACCUGUCCAGGAAGAGACAUUUUCUGUGCGGCGCUAUGCCAAAGUGUGGGCAAAUUUCCAUGAGGGACUAAAAAAGACCUUCGUCAGAAAGGCAGAUUUCCUGGAGGACACUGUAGCAUUCACCAAUAUGAAAGCUUUUGUGAUGUCACUGCAGACGAAGGGCAAGGUUCACAAUGCCAUCUUGGUGGAGCAGCAUUUCUCCUUAGAUCUGCAAGGCAAAGAUGUCCUGGAGUUCUUCACCCAAAUGCUCACUGGGAGUGUUGUUCAGUUUGGGAAAAAAAUGUUUCGUCAGUGGCAGGGUAUUCCUCAGGGUUCUGUAGUGUCCUCUCUGCUUUGCUGCCUCUGCUACGCUCACAUGGAAAACGUCCUGUUCAAAAACCUCACAGAGAAAGGAGGGCAUCUGAUGAGGCUGGUGGAUGAUUUUCUCCUCAUCACUCCAGAUCUGAACCAAGCACAGACCUUUCUCAAGACGUUGUUGGCUGGAGUGCCUCAGUAUGGCUGUGUGGUGAACCCCCAAAAGGUGGCCGUCAACUUCCCCAUGUCAGAGGAGCAUGGGGUCUGCCCUGAGACCCGGGUCCUGCCUGCCCACUGCCUGUUCCCCUGGUGUGGCCUGCUGCUUGACACACGCACCCUAGAUGUUUACUGCGACUACUCCAGCUAUGCUGGCCUAUCCCUGCGGUACAGCCUGACUGUAGGACCCGCCCUCUCUGCCGGCAAGCAAAUGAGACGAAAGCUCAUGGGCAUCCUCAGACUUAAGUGUCACGCCCUGUUCCUGGAUCUGAAAACAAAUUCCUUGGAGGCUGUGUAUAAGAACCUGUACAAGCUGGUUCUGCUGCAUGCCUGCAGGUUCCACGUAUGUGCCCAGAGUUUACCCUUUGGUCAGAAGGUUUCCCAGAACCCAGUUUACUUCUUGCAUCUUAUCUGGAAUAUGGCAGAGUAUACCAACCAGCUCAUCAGACUCUGCAACAGAGGAGCGACUCUGGGCACUAAAGCCCAGACAGGCUGUCUGCAGUAUGAGGCAGUGGAGCUAAUUUACUGCCUCUCCUUCUCACUGGUUUUGUCACGCUACCGCCCCCUCUACAGAUACCUGCUCACUGCCCUCCACUCUCGUAAAAAAAGACUGGAGAGGAAUCUGGGAGACCUGAGGCUGCUGCGAGUCAGGCAGGCUGCCACACCCAAAACUCCUCUGGACUUCAUGGCUAUAUGUUUUUAAGGACUACGAAACAUGAGCACAGAGGACCAUAACAUUUAUAGUGUUUGAAGUACGUACCUAGAGGAAUCGGGCAAGAGACAAGGAUUACUUCACAUUUCCAUUUUCACAUAUUUACAAAUUCACUCGUGUCCUCAUUUCAAAUAUUCUUGCAAUCAAGCUGGGUCAUAUUUAAGAAGGGAUGAGACUGGACCUGGUAAAUGCCAUCCUGACUCAAUUUUUAUGAAACAAAGCAACAGUAGUCAAUCAUAAAAGUUACUGUAUAGAAUGCCAGCUGGGUAACCAAUAAAGAUUGAUAGUUAAGAUAUG